GCGUCGGGCUAUAAUGCCACCAACUCCUUUUCACUAUGUGAGCUCGCUUACUUUCUAGCCUCCUGCCAUGAUAAGGAAGACUGUCGCAGAAUCAGGACUACAAACAAUACAUAAUAGAGGGGAUCGGCUCCAUACGCGAGCUCGGAUUCACAUAUGACAUGGGGCUACGGCAGGUACUGUAUUUAGCACGUGGCCUUUUUUGCGGAUACCUGACUUAUACAUACCAUGGCUGGGCAAUCACCAGCUACUACGCCAUGUUUAUAACUCAAAUUGAGCAGUCACUAAAAUUUAAUCGCUUCUUUGCGCGCCCAAGCUGCAGAGAUACCUUUGCAGAACCGCAGAGGCUUUAGAAAGGAGGUCAUUGGCUCGAGCCAGCGUUUCAUCUACAUGUCACCGGUGGAUGAAAAUGUCAGCGCAAUGCUGGCGUCGUCAGUGUCUGGGACAACACUGAUGAUUCUCGUCCAAUUGGCAUCUAGGGUGUUCACUUUCACUGCAAACCAGCUAAUUCUGAGGGGCUUGCCACCAGCCAUUCUGGGUAUUGCAUCUCAACUGGAGCUAUACUUCAUCUCGAUACUUUACUUCUCCAGGGAAAGUAUCAGAGUGGCCAUUCAAAGACAGCCAUUGCAACUCAAGUUUAUUCCCACGUCUGGUCACAAGGAUGGCACUGACCCAACAUCCGAGAAUGCCGGCGAUGUAUCAGAGGCCCGAAUCAUAGCGUCACAGUCAGUAGUGAACAUGUCUUACUUGAGCCUCGUGUUGGGGUUUCUGUUUGCUAUGGCAUUUGCUGUCUCUUAUAUGCAAUUCGCACCGAGUGAGGUGUCGCAAAUGCCCUCGUACCACGCGAGCGUGGUGAUAACUACCAUUGCAUCCCUUAUGGAACUUUCUGUCGAGCCCUUCUUCACUGUAGUGCAGCAAUAUAUGCUACACAGAAAGCGUGCAGUUGUCGAAAUGAGCGCAGCAUUUGUAAAAAGCCUUACAACCUGCCUUGCUUAUACCUGGGCUGCCCGGACUGGCCACACUGUUGGUGUACUUCCGUUCUCUCUUGGUUAUCUGUGUUAUUCUACCACUCUCAUCUGUGGCUAUAUGUUGGCACUGCGGGGGGUUACGAAUAUGUGGAAGUUUUCUAUAUUCCCCACCAAGAUAAAGUCAAGGGAUGGGUCUAAAUUCUUGAUUGAGAGGUUUUCAUGGCCGAUGAUUACACUCUCCACAAAUGUAUUCUUUCAGUCCGUGAUAAAACACGUUCUUACGCAAGGUGACUCUAUGAUGCUGGCAGCAAUGACGAGCUUAGAGGACCAGGGCAUAUAUGCACUAGCCUCUAAUUAUGGUGGCUUGGUGGCCCGAGUAUUGUUCCAACCCAUUGAAGAAAGCAGUCGAACACUCUUUUCAUCCCUGCUAAAUUCUGGAGGAACUGGGAAACUGAAUGUUAAGAGUGUCAAUGCUGCCAAGUCUCGAUUAACUGAAGUUGUUCGCGCAUACAGCCUAAUAGCUGCUGUGGGGUUUCCCUUGGGUCCAGUCUUGGUAUCUCAGGUGCUGCAUGUGUUAGGCGGGCGCAGCUGGGCUUCGCCCCGCGUCAGCAGCCUGCUCUCUCUUUAUUGUUAUUACAUACCAUUUCUGGCAUUCAACGGCAUAAGUGAAGCAUUUGUCUCCUCGGCAGCCAACCCAGAAGAACUUCGCAGGCAAGCGGUAUGGAUGGGCGUGUUUUCGGCAUGCUUCACAUCAGUGGCCUACUUAUUCUUGAAGGUUGGCGGUCUAGGCGCCCAUGGGAUGGUAUAUGCCAAUAUUGUCAACAUGGCUGUUCGUAUCGUCUGGAGCUUCUCUUUCAUACGGUCGUUUCUAUCUCGGCACAAAAGUGACAUGGCUCUUUCUGAGCUUACCCCACGACCACUUACUUGCAUUGCUUGUGCCUUGAUGUCCAUAAUUCAUAACACAAGACACUCAUAUGCUUCUGACUCCGGAAACGCUGGCGAGGCGUUGACACUUGGUGUUAUUUACACUCUUUUGGUGUCAUAUCUCGAGCGAAGGUACCUGAUGAUGUAUUACACAAAAGCCCGCGAGAUGGUGGGAUCAAAAACAUCCCAAACUCCAAAGCGCGAAUGAUGCCAUGAUCAGUCCUCAAAAACAAUCUUCGUGGACGUUUUGUUGGUGUCGACGUCCUUGAAGAAGGCACCGUAUGCGUCAUGUUGCUUCUUCUUGACUGUUGCUCCAAACUUUAGAAGAUCUUCAGGCACUUCCUGCUUAGCCGCUUUCAGAACGUUUAUUAAA